AUGGAGGCGAGUGUAGCUGUUGUUGUAGAGGAGCUCAAGGCCAUGGAGAUAGUGAACGACAAGAAGCCUGUUGUUGUUGGUGAUGAUGGUGGCGAGGCCAAGAACGCUGCUACUGCUGAUAUCGCUGCUACUGCUGAUAUCGCUGCUACUGCUGCUGAGUCUCAGAAGAAGACGAAGAAGAUGAACAAGAACCGAAUUCAUGUUUCCAACUCCAAGCGACCUUUCCUCUUCUACUGCAAUCUUGCCAAGAGGCACAUCAAGCAGUACAAUUCUGUUGAGCUCUUUGCCUUGGGCAUGGCUAUUCCUACUGUGAUCACAAUUGCUGAGACUCUCAAAAGGAAUGGACUGGCUGUUGAAAAGAAGAUCAGCACCUGUACUGUUGUCUCAAAGCUGGUGGAUGUUGAAAAUGGACGGAUUGUUCUCAAGGCUCAGAUUGCGAUUUUGCUGGAAAAGGCUGAGAAAAUAGAGGAGACCGCUGUUGCUGCAGCAUGA